AUGAUGUUUAUCUACUUUCAGACAAUUGCGUGCUUGCUUCCGUUUGCGAUAUUGGUCAGUCUUGUAUACAUCGCGCCUCCAGAAGUCCCUACUGCUGAGCUUCCCUCCGACGACAUCCCUCGAAUGGACAGUAAAACUAACCACUUCCGGUAUAAAGAUCCCGAGUUCAGCUACCAACAAACUAAAGAAUAUGAAACCAAGUUUGCAGAGAUAUUCAAAACUUUUCCGAAUCAUCAAAAUUCCACGAAGUACCUGAUUUAUUUCUGUGAUAUUGAGUGUGGGGGAUUAGGAGACCGUCUUAAAGGUAUUGUAAAGGUGUAUAUGCUAUCAAUAUUAUCGCGACGAAGAUUUGGGAUACGUAUGAAAGAACCUAGUGAUAUUGAAAACUUCCUCCAGCCUCACGUGAUAGACUGGCGAGUAAAUGAGGCGGAAAUUGCCGGAAAAGACCGAAAAACGGUGGAUUAUAAGACGUUGCAUGAUUUUAUUGCGAUUGACUUAGAAACGCAUGAUCGUGAUCCUGAAAAAGUGUUGAAAACCGAUGUCAUAUUUAUGAGGGCAAAUCAAGAUUGGACAAAGACUUUAAGGAAACUGAAAGUAAGCCCAGAGAGGUUCCCCCAGAUCUACCAACAUCCGUCCAGUGAUCUAACACGUAUCAUUUACAACGGGUUAUUUAAACCUACAGACACGCUACAAAGACUCGUCCACAAUUUCUUCGAAGAAAAGGUUGGAGGGAAAAAACUCGCGUGUCUUCAUGCCAGAAUGGGAGAAAGCAAUCACACCCGUUAUUCAUUUGAUGUGAUAAAAACUCCCUUAGAUUUUCUCAAACAAUACGACUCACAACCAAACUAUAAGAUUAUGAUUGCAACUGACAACGAUCAUGUCAAAAACUACUCCAGAACAUUCUUCAAAAACUUCAUUGAUACUGACUUUAGUGGUUCUAUAAUGCAUAUUGACUACAUGCAAAACAAUACAGUGGACGCACGGACGAGGGAGACUGGUUUUAUGCACAGCUUAUUGGAUCACAUGAUUCUCGCGCGUUGUGACACUUUGAUUCUCACAAUGAGCGGUUUUGGCGUCACCGCCGCCUCGCUCCGCUACACUUCCGCCGAGCUGUUUGUCUAUAUGAAGAAUGAAGUAUUUCCGGUUCGUCGUGAACUACUGCGAGAGGUUUUCCAAUGGCGGUGCAUCUCCCACGCUAAGACUGGUUAUGUCUGCGAUGGAUAA